AUGCUUCCAGUUCAAUUAAAUGAAGCACAAGUUGCUAAAGUUCUCACUAUGACAAACAAUGGUAUUGCUUUUUUUAAUUCAUACAAACUUAUGCCAAGUGGUGAAAUUGUAUGGAGAAUUAAUAAUCAAAAUUUAAUACAACCCCAAAUGCAAAAUCCACCAAUACGUGCUCCUCCACUCCAAAUUCGUCGUCCUCCUAUUGAUGAAUUUGUAUCUGAUAACAUUGUUGAAUUAGAAGAAGAAAUUGAACGUUUGAAAAAGAAAAAACAACAACUCAACGAAAAACUAGCACAAUUAAAGUACAGCUAUUCUUUAUUAGAAGAUCCAGCUAAAUGCUUAGAAUCAUCAAGUAAGGUUGAUGUUUCAGUCCAAUACAUGAGAAAUACAUACUCUCUUAUUGAUAGAAAAGUCAAUAAUUUACUAAUUAAUGUUGACGAUACUAUUUCGGAACCAAAAAGAUAA